AUGGCCGUCAUCUCGCUGUUGCGAUUUUGUACACCAUUAUCACCGUCUCGCCAUUUCUGGACAUAUGUCACGGUCGUCAUAGCGGCCGCCAUUCUGGCAAGCGGUGUGCGUGCCGACUGCUACUGGCCCGACGGGACCGAGAACGAUGAGCAUCAGCCGUGCUACUCGCCCAAUGGUGGCGCCAUCGGACUCUGUUGCGGCACGGGCGAUGUUUGUUUGUCAAACGGCGUGUGCAUGAGUCGCUCGUCCGCGGGUGGCUCGACGGAUAUGAUUGAGAGCGCGUACGCAAAUGCCCUGGAUACCAACGUUUAUUACCGCGGCAGCUGCACGUUCAAGGACUGGAGCCAGGGCAAGAACUGCCCGACGGUGUGCAUCAAGGGCUCCGGAAUCUCGCCGCACACGGACGUGGGCAUCAUCCCGUGCCCUGGGUCUAACACAGACUGGUACUGCGCUGAUAGCAACAUGCACAGGGCCAACUGUUCCACGGGUGCUUUUAUUGUUUCGCUGCCCACAUCCACCUCGAUGGCAACCUCGAUGACAUCCUCGCCAGGUGGCGGGAAUGCAACCACCGGGCUUGUUACCGCACCUGGAAGCGCUGCGCCUACAGGCUUCCCAAGCGGUGUGUCUGGACCGUCUGUGGCGUCGACAACAUCGGGCAAUCCAUUGUCGACGGUGGUCCCUCCGCCCACAACCUCGACUUCGUCAAACUCGGGCUCGAACGUCCCUCUGGCCGUGGGCGUCACCAUCGGAGGUGCUUCUAUUAUUGCCGCCGCCGUCAUAGGGUACUUUCUCUGGCGCCGCCGGAAACGGGACGAACCUGCCCCGGCCGAGUCGCCGCCACCGCGUGAUGUGCCCGACGACGUUAUCCUGAAUUCCGUGCUGGAGGGGUCCAUGUUUCGAUCUGGAAGCCUUCUCAGUCGACGUCCAAGCAAAACACUACUGAGCAACAUGGGUGCCGGCGACGGCGGUCCAGCCGCACCGAUGCCGGACACUAGAUCUGUGCUGAGUGGCCCGUGUGCCGAAAGUCUCCGUUCAGGGCGCAUGCUGAGCUCAUUCCAGCAGUACCAGCAAAGCCAACAGCAACAGCAACAGCAGCAGCAGCAGCAGCAGCAACAGUACCACCAGCAGCCGCUCUUCCAGCAACAGCCACAGGCGCCGCUUCAUCUGCACCAACCGCACCCCCAGCGACACUACAGCUAUGCACAAGCCCGCUUUAGCCCGGACGCAGUGGCCAUGCACGACCUGCGACGGACACCGCCGGUUGCUUGGGGCCACCAAGGCAGUGGCCCGAGCGUGACGAGCGAGCCCAUCCCCGAGAUUCCUUAUGAUGGCCGGCGCAUGGCUGCGUACCAUGGCGUGCCCACCAUGGACCACAACAAUUACUCGGAGCUGCCUGGGUAA